UUAUAUUAAUUUCCCCAAACAGUAGUAAAGCCACUAGCUACCUACAUCAUUCAUUUAUAUAUGUAUAAUCCUUAUAAAUUUGCUGGUCUCUUCUGUUCGAUUUUAUCCUCCUAAUUAGCAGUUAGUUUUUAGUUGUGACUAAUUAAUUACAACAUGGGAAGGCAACCUUGUUGUGAUAAAGUUGGUCUGAAAAGAGGUCCAUGGACUAUGGAAGAAGACCACAAGCUCAUCACUUUUAUUCUCAACAAUGGCAUUCAGUGCUGGAGAAUGGUUCCUAAGCUUGCAGGUUUGUUGAGAUGUGGUAAGAGCUGUCGAUUAAGAUGGAUUAAUUACCUAAGACCUGACCUCAAAAGAGGGGAGCUGUCAGAAAUGGAAGAGAAUCAGAUUAUAGAGCUUCAUGCCCGUCUUGGUAACAGGUGGUCUAAGAUUGCGUCUCAUUUUCCGGGGCGAACCGACAAUGAAAUCAAGAACCACUGGAACACUCGAAUCAAGAAGAGGCUGAGACUCCUUGGAAUAGACCCCUUAACACACCACCCCAUUCACCCCAAACAAAAUGUUGAUCAUGAGCAGAAAACUGAAUCAGAACUAAUCAAGCGGAGUUUAGGGAAUGAAGAAGAAAAGGUUUCUGAUCAUCAGAAUGCAGCUGAAUUAAUGAUAACAGCAGAAGCAGAAAUCGAGAAGAGUGAUGAGAGCAGUGCUGUUCAUCUGAUAAAUAACUAUGAGAUGAUGUGCAGGAGUCAUGACAUGGACUUGUGGGUGAGAAAUCAGAACAGUAACUAUUCCACUAAUUGUUACAGCAAUGAGGAUUCAGCAGUGUCAGUGAGUUAUCACAACUCGACUGCAGCCGAGUCCAGCAAUGUUUCCAUUCAUGAAGAAAGUAGUACGUCUGGUGAUCUGCAGAAAUGGGUUGAGAGUGUAGACUCAAUGCUGUCAUCAUGGGAUGGAUAUGGAUUCAACCAACUAGACCAACAGCUCUUCUUUUGAUGAUCAGAGCAACACAAUGAUUCUUGAACCCACUUCUAAUUACUGGUUUAAGUCCAUGCAUGUAAAUUCAUAGUCUUAGUUUAGAAUUCCCUUCUUCUUGGUUUGGAUUUUGUCAAAGUCAAUCUUCUGGUGCAAUGCUUGGGUCUCAUAUAUUGUACUAUGCUUCUAUUUCAUUUUAGUCCUCCUCCAUUGGGUCUAGUU